CCUUGAUCAUGCUGAACAUCAAUAAAGAUGAGAUCAUUCAAUACAAAUGAUUCUGAAUGGCAUAUCUGGUAAAUAUUUCAGAUAUUCUUUCCUGAGUUUUUCAGAAGGAUGAAUAUGCUUUUCUGACAAUUGCAAAACAAUGGAUAGUUUAAUAGUUGACCUUGACAAGGUGCUGGAUGACUUUGAAGCAGAAGAGUCCACAAGUAGAAAACCUCCUGGAAAUGUGUCAUCUGAAUAUGCAACUUUUCUCUCUAAAAAUGAGGAUCAUUCUUGGGAAGAAGUAAGCAGAGCUCCUGCAGAUUCUGUUCCGAAUUGGAAGAGAAACAGCAAAGAUGAAUAUUUGUCCUUUAUUGAUUAUGGGGAACCCUAUGAACCAGCAAGUAAUUUUGAUUUGUCGGAGGCAGACUUUGCACCGUCAGUGAAAACAAAAACAGAGACCGUAUCAUCCAAAAUCAGCAAUGUCAUAUCAAAUGGACAUGUUGAAACGCUUGAAAAUGGAAAUUUUGACUUUGGUCACAAAAAUCCUGAUAGAAUAUUACAUACCACUAAACCUGGUGAUUUAACACCAACAAUGAAUGGUUACCAUGACAAUAAAUCUACACCAAUGCAUAAUGUAAACAAUAGUCAGAUGAUUGAUUUACAUGGUUGUGAUACUACUGAUUCGACAGAAAAUGAAUUUGGAAAUGUAGAUCAAAGUGUGAACUAUGAGGACACUUAUAAUAAAUUACCUAUUCAGGUAGUGGAUGUAUUCACACCUGUAUCUGAGGAUGUACCUCAAAUACCUUCUACCACAUAUCAACAGAAUGCCAUACCAAAUAACUUUUAUCAAAGUAACGGGAAGGAUAGUGUGGAAGAAAAUAUUCAUGUAAAUUUAAAUGAAAGUGUACCAGUGAAUAGUGCAAUAUCUCAUGAUAUAAAUAUUUCAAAACUUCCAUCUGUGAGGAAUGAAGAAUUAACCAAGAACAAACCUAUGGAAAUGAUUCAUAAUGAUUUACAUGCCAAAACAUCAUCUUCUCAUACAUCUGAAAAAAGAGUUAAUGAGUUACAGUCAGUUAAAACUGAGCUAUCAUCCUCACCAACAUCAGACAAUUCAAUAACUGAGUUUCAAUCAGUUAGAACUGAGCUUUCAUCUUUACCUAUGUCAGACAAUACAAAAACAGAGUUACAGUCAGUAAAAUCUGAAAGUUUAAACUCUGAAUUAACCAUGAAAGGAACUGAUCAAAUACAAUCAAAUAAUACAGGAAACAAGGACAAUAAGAAAGCAGAUGAAGGAUAUGAUUCUUAUGACUGCCUAGGAAGAGAUGACACAAAUAAUAUUCUGGUUGUGAAAAAGGAAGCAACACCAACUCUAGACUUAUCAGAUGUUAUUUUUGACAAUAAUGUAUCAAUAAAUGAUAGUGUCAGUGGUGUACCAAAUAACGAAUCUUCAGAUUCUCUCGAACAGACUACUGUCAAGGUAUUGGAUAAUGGUGAGUUAGAGUCCUCUCCCAAUAUGACAGGAACUACAAUACAAGGGAAUCAAGUACCUAAGGAAACUACAGUGAAAUCAGAUCAGUCUGAAGUCAUUGGUUUUGGUCAAGAGGUUAAUGUUGAUGAAAAUGAUAUGGAUGAUUAUCUAAAAGACAUACAAGAUCAAGAUUCUGUGAUUUCAAACUCACUGACAUUAAAUAGUGAUGCUGAUUCUGUUCCACCUAGAUAUUCUAUUAUUGAUGAACUUCCUAUUUUGGGAAAAAAAACAUCAAAUGAAAAUAUUCACCCAAGCGAUCAAAAUGAAGGGAAAGAUCUUUCCAAAACAGUUGUUUUGUCCGAGACACAGAAAGAACUAGAACGAAUCUCUGUUGGUGAAAAUAUUCCUAUUUGUAAACAAAGUGUUCAGUCAGAAGAAUUAAAAUCAGCCAAAAAUCAGACUGAUGGGAUGGAUAUUCAAAAUAUGCAACUGCCAUCAGUUGAAAUGGGUGGGGCAAGACCUAAAGAAAUUAAUCGACAUUCUGAUAUUCACAGUAUAACAACAAUUUUUUCAGAAAUUUCAGAAAUUCAGGACAAAGAACAGAAGCAUGCACAAAAUUUACCAGAAAAUGGGCUACCUGUAACUGGUGAAUUAAUCCCAGAAACAGACAAUGAUAUACAAGUGGUAGAUGUUUUAGAAAUUGAAAAAUCUGAUCAGGUAUGUGAUCAAACUGGAGACGAGGAUAAUGAUGAAACUCCUGUGAUGAGGCGCAAUAAUCAACCUGGUACUCCAUCUGAUUUAUCACGUCCACAUUCUUGGGGACCAUCAGGUUCUGACUCGGUCCCUAUUCCUCACCAGAAACGUCCUAAUAGUCUGAAUAUUCCACAACGUGGAGAAUUUACCAUGACAGGGGAAAGAACUCAGGCACCUUACACAUUCCCAUACCCACCAGAAGAUUCAGAAAACCUGUCACCAGAAAUUCAGGAAGAUCUCAUACAGAAUGAGGAUGUUCAAGCUGUAGGUGGAGAGCCAAUAGAUGAAGCUAGUGGAGCAUCAGGCCACACCCCUUCACCUGACCCAUCAAGUCCUGAAUCACAACAAAAAGUAGAAACAGCUUUAGGAAAGAGUGCACCUAUGUGGAUUCCUGAUAGUGUUGCUCCAGUUUGUAUGGGGUGUGAAGUCAAAUUUACAUUCACUAAAAGAAGACACCACUGUCGAGCUUGUGGAAAGGUAUUCUGUUCAGCAUGUUGUAGCUUGAAGAGUCGUUUACAGUACAUGGACAACAAAGAAGCCAGAGUGUGUGUAGAAUGUAAUCGACAGAUUUCUAUAGCUGAACUGUCGAGCAGUGGUACUCCUAAUCCUAACAACCCCAGUGAAUAUUGCUCGGUUAUUCCUCCCUCGCAGCAAGCUAGUGCACGUUCACAGCCUCCCUCAGUUCUUGUGCCUGCCAGUGUAUUAAAACGAGAAGGAAGUAACAGGCAGACAAAUGAGGGCAAACAUGUGAUGUUUUCUGAUGGGAUACGACCAGGAGGUGAUCUGACAGAACUCGAUGGAUCUGAUACAGCUAACAGACUACCAAUGAGACGAUCUGGGAGGAGUCAGAAAAAAGUAGAGAAAGGAUCCCCAGAUGCACAUCGUCAGGUGGCCAGAAAGUUACGAGCUGGUGAAGCUAGGAGACAUUUAUGUUUAAUUCCUGAGACUGGUCUUCCUCCUGUUAUCAUAUCUACAGGUGAAAAAGGAGGCUAUACAAUGGAAGAGAAUCAGGAAAUAGAAAAGAUAAUGCCUCAAAUCAAAGAUGAAGAAGCAGACCCUGUGAUAUUUGCCUUGAAUGCCAAUUUAUUUGUUUUAGUAAAAAUUAUCAACUUGGAUUGUUGUGUAAAUCGAACCUGUUGGUGUUUUACAUCCAAAGGAAUGUGCAACGUAGGACAAGAUGAAAUUGUAUUUGUUUUAGAAGUUAUACCAGAUGAAGAAAUGAUACCGCUAGACAUAUUACGUCACUUUUACACUAUCUAUGAAGAGGCUGGCAAAGGUAAUACUGUGACCCACAUGGGCCAUACAAUAUUUAAUCAGACGUUCCUUGAUAGCCGUGAUCAUGGAGGAAUCCUUUACAUCAGACCUACAUUCCAGUGUUUACAUAAACUCUUACUGCCUUCCCCACCGUAUGUGUUUGGUAUCUUACUACAGAAGUGGGAAACCCCGUGGGCUAAAGUGUUUCCCCUCAGACUACUCCUUAGACUAGGAGCAGAAUAUAGAUGUGAUCUACAAUACACAGAUGAUGGAAAACUGUUGGUUUUACACCUGGCACAAAACUAUCCUUGUCCAUUGAUAAGUGUAAGAAACCGUAAACCUGUGUUCUUUGAGAUUGGUCACACCAUAAUGAACUUAUUGGCCGACUUCAGGAACUUCCAGUAUAUGUUACCUCAGAUUAAGGGUGUUUCUAUACACAUGGAAGACAAGAAAACAACCAUUACUUUCCCUAGAAACAGAUAUGAAGAUAUAAUGAAAGUUGUUAGUAAUAGUAAUGAACAUGUGAUGGCAUUAGGGGCAAGUUUUAGUCUCCAGGCUGACUCACAUUUGGUCUGUAUACAGAAUGAUGAUGGCAACUACCAAACACAGGCUAUAAAUAUACAGAACAAACCCAGGAAAGUCACUGGUGCAAGUUUUGUUGUAUUUAAUGGUGCUUUGAAGACAAGUUCUGGACUGAAGGCUAAAUCAAGUAUUGUGGAAGAUGGGCUGAUGGUCCAGAUAACACCAGAGUCCAUGGUGGCCCUCAAACAAGCUUUAAAAGACAUGACAAGUUACACAAUAGAAUGUGGCAGUGUUACAGCUGCUAGUCCUGAUGAAGUUGUUACAAUACAGUGGGGAGAAGAUGAUAAAAAUAUAAAUAUUGGUGUAAAAAGUCCAAUAGAUGACAUGUCAAUGGAUGGUAUAGAGAGUAUACACAUACCCAAUGCCACAGAUUAUGUUGGAGAAAAACAGAUAAUAAGAUGGACAGAUGUGUUCUUUAUUCAGAAUAAAGAUUCUGGAUCAGCCAGAUGGGAACCAGUAGAUCUGAGUCGACUAGCAGAAACUUUGUCUAAUGCCACAUGUAUAGCUCUUACCCCUCACCUGGAUAAAUUAAAGGAAGCUGAUUUGACUAAAGUAGCAUUGAGAGUAAAUAUUGAAAUUGAGAAGGUUGGAUAUGAGAUAGGAGCCAAUGGUGAGAGAUUACCUGAUUUGUACAUGAAUGACCUAGAUAAUGAACUUAUACCUGUGAUACAUAGUGCUGCCUCGCAGAACAGAGGCGGUGCCAUCAUUUUGGAACUUAUAUUUCAUAUACUAGAUUAAAACCAUUAAUCAUAUUCAGUUUCAACUUCUUGAGAAAUCUAUGUAUACACAAAAUUGUACAAAAAUCACUUCAUUAUUAUUAUUGCAGUUGAAAACCAUUUCUUCAAAAAUGUAAUAUGGUUACUUAAGAUGUGUGUACAUAAUGGAUCUGUCAAAAACAAAUGCAGAUGUGUCUCAGAAAUUUUUUUUUAAACAGGCAAUUCAUAUUUUCUUAGGAAUUUCAAGAUAAUGGUCUUUAACCUCUCUGUUUAUUUUUUAGUUCUCAAUUUUUCCAUAUUCUUAGUUAGAAAUAUGUAUAGGUAUUUGAAACCAUAUUGAGAGGAAUAUAUACUUAAAGUUUAAAUUGAUAUUUUUGUUAUAAAAUCAAAUUUUGUUAUUAAAAAGGUUACUUCAUCAUCACAUCUGCAUUCAUAUAAAAGCAUAAAUAAGGAAGAGAUGAGAAAUUUACCAUUUGAAAAUUAAUAUUUGUGCAUAUAAUCGGAGACCUUGUAAACAGCAAGCUUUGUAUAUUUGAUUAUGCUAAAUGUGCGAAAUCAAUUGAUAUCAGAGAAAAUCAUUUCUUUGGUAAUAACUAGAAACUUAUUAAUAUUGACUGGGUUUACUCCAUGGAGAGUUAUUGGAUCUUAUAAUUCCUAUUACUGUUUAUUUUUCAUAUUGUUUACUAAACUAAGAAAGGACUUUCAGUAUAAACUGGUUAAGUUAUUGUACAGUAUAAAUUUUAACAAGGUCUGUAAAGUAAAAGUUGUAUGGGAUGAUAAGCUCUGAUAUGCUAGAUUAUUUACAUGUACAAUUUUCAUAGAACUCAAUGUAUUUCUAGUAAGUAAACUGUAAAAGUCACUUUAAUUCUUACUAAUUUUCAAAGAAAUCUUUUUUGUUUUUAUGAAAGCAUUUGAAAUGUUGCCUUGAGGAAAUACAUUAAUUGAUAAAAUACAUAUCGUUACUGUUGAAAUAAAUACCAAAGAAAAGUCUGUCACAAACGAAUGAUUAAGACAUAUAUAGUAGUAUUUCAGUCAGCUUAUUUGUAUACAACUUUCUCUGAACAGGUUACCAUAAUUUUGUUAAGUUUCAUUUGAUUAUUGAUUUAUAGAAUAUAUUUAUUUGUGUAAAAAGUUACAAAUAUUUUGUAUAUUUAAUGUUUGAUUACUAUUUAUCUACAACAUGAAACCCUGACAGAAGAAAAUAUCAUUUAUUUUGUGUACAUUGAAUGUUUAAGAAUUUUGUUAAAGGCCAAAUGAAGGUGAUUGUGUUUUAAAUGUAUAUAUCUGUUGAGAGUUUAGUCUUGAAUCUUUGCUAUCUAGUUUCUAUGCUGUUGAUACAACAGUUCUGAAGAAAUUUGUUAACAGUUUUGUAGGCAGUUGAAGUAUUUCACAAAAUAGUUCAAAGCAUGUCUUAUAUUAUAAUGUCUAAAGAGAAAAUGUGUAUCUUGCUUUGCCUUGCUUGGUUAUGUAUGUUUUAUGUAUAAGUGUCUAACAAAUAUUCAUGUAUAAUUCUAGUCAAUUUGUUUUUGGUCAAGAUUUCCUGAACAUGUUAUUAUAAUCAUUCAAAAAUAUUGAAAAUAAAUAUGAAACUUUUAUGAGAUAUUUUUAGAUAUCUUUCAUUAUAUUUUUCCAAUUAUUUUUUUAUAAAAAAAUAUUUUAGAACUUCAGUUUGAAAUAGUUUAUUGUUAAUAGAAAUCAUGAUCCACAUGAUAAAAAACUAUAAAUUUGUUUAUGUGCUAAAAUUUCCAUCCUAUGAAAUGAAAUUUCUUUUUUUUUAAAUAUUUUCUUUAAGUUUCUCAGUUUCCAAAAUUUACAUAUUUCUGUUGUGUGAUGAACUGUAUGACUGAAAAUUGUUAGGUAGCACAUAUUUUAGUAUGUUUCCCUGCUAGUUUAACUAAAACAAUGAAUAUUAAAUAAACAUAGUAGAUGUUGAUAAAAUAGUAAAGAUUGCUUGAAAGGACAUUAAAUGGGAAUGAAAAAUAUAGUUUCAAGUAUUAAAAUAUGUUUAUGCAAAAAAGACACUGAAAUAUGCAAUUUUCAAUCUGACAAUGAAGAAAAACAAAGUUUAAAUCUGAUAAAAAAAAAUGGCAAUAUGAAUAUACCGGUAUAUGAAGCAUUUAACUAUAUUUAUAGUAUAUUGCAUUAUAGGAAGAAUAAAAUAAAUACAUACCUAAAAUGUC